UGUUGUUAGCUCUUAGUUCAGCUUGAGCUGAGAGACAGUGAGUCUGACAAGUUGGCAGGAUUCACUUCAAGUUCAACUUUUACAUUAUAACCAACACAGAGGCAGGUUUGUGAAAAUGGCGCGGCCUAGAGUUUUCUUUGACAUCACUAUUGAUGGCGCUGCUGCUGGUAGGAUUGUAAUGGAGCUGCGGGCUGAUGUGGUCCCAAAGACGGCAGAGAAUUUCCGUGCUUUGUGCACUGGAGAGAAAGGUUUUGGCUACAAGGGCUCUUCGUUUCACCGCAUCAUCCCUACAUUCAUGUGCCAGGGUGGAGACUUCACCAAACACAAUGGAACUGGAGGCAAAUCCAUCUACGGAGAGAAGUUUGCUGAUGAGAACUUCCAGUUGAAACACACAGGCAUAGGGACACUGUCGAUGGCUAACGCUGGGCCCAACACCAACGGUUCCCAGUUCUUCCUCUGCACAGCUAAAACUGCCUGGCUGGACGGGAAGCACGUGGUGUUUGGCAGCGUCGUGGAGGGAAUUGAAGUUGUCAAGGAAAUGGACAAGCGCGGCUCACAGGGUGGUACUCCUAAAAGCAAGGUUGUCAUCGCUGACUGUGGCCAACUAUAGUCUAACUCACUCAAUUCCUUCCUAUCAGAUGUAUCCAUAUCAUUCACAUUCCAAUUAGUUGUUGAGAUGGUGCAUAUCUAAAAUAUCAAUACAAGAAAAAACUCUAAAAAUAAUUGUCCAAUAUUCACUGUGUCAUCUGUCAUACCUUCCAGUUUGUCCUUGAAGGGCCUCAUUUAUGAACAAAAUCUGACUUGAAUUCAGGAUGUUGAUGAUGGAAAUAAAGCAACAUCGCAACCUGA